UCCCGGGUGGAGGAGGGCUUCUAGGGCUGCUAGAUGCGUCAUCGGGCGUGCUGAUCGUGAGACUGAUUCCAGUAUUUGGAUUAAAGUUUCUUUUAACGUUCUGUACAGUGACGUACUUCUAUAGUUCUUUGCAUUUCUUUCUCCAGAUUGAAGGUGGUGUGUGCGGAUUUUAAACUUCUGUUAACUCAGUACGUUGGCCCCGGGAUUGCGCCUUGCAUCACAUUCGGGCCUGUUUUCUUUGUUACCUAGAGAGUGGAUCCUCCAGGGCUGAAUGGAGACGUAUGACAUUUGUCUCACUACAGAUUGUAAUUUUCUGCUCUUCCAGAAUUCUCCCUCCUCUCAAACCAAGAUGAUUACAAUAUGGAUGGUAUCUUUGCCUCCUUGGCAAGCAUUCUUACCAUCACCACAUCCAUCUUCUGCCUAGGAUAGAAGGACUUGGAUUUCUUUGUUGGAGGAAGGGAGCUGUUGUGGCUUAUCUUCAGUCACACAAUGAAGACCCUUGUGCUGUGGUAGCAGCUGCUGCCAAAGCAAUAUUUUUAAACAUCUUCAUAUCCAAUCCGAACUCCGAUGGCCAAUCAGAAACUUUACUGGGCAAAAGCCUUUCUUGACCGUGCCAACUUUCUGAAAACACUUGGUGGAUAAAGGUACCAGUGAGCACUGUGGCACCCACAGGCACCACACUGAGGACCCCCACAGUAGUGUAUUGUUAUUUCAAGAGAAACUUAAUACUCAGAGCCUGCUUAUGCUUUCCGUUAUUCAGUUAAAUUCUUUGUGGAAUCACCAGCUUUUGUUUGGCUGGCAAGCUGGAACAUGCUCAACCCAUAGUGAUGUAACACCAGAAGAUGGCAGAGCCACAGGAGCUUGGGGGCUCUCAGGGGGAAGGUGCUUUGGGGGCUGUUGCCGCUGCUGGUCCCUGCUUGGCUGGCAACAGGCUUAACAUAGACGUCUUCCCGGAUGGCUGCCACUAUUUCUUCAAGCUGCUCGAAACAAGAAGGGAAGAAGUGUUGCAGGUGGAAUUCUUGCGCCUGAAUUGCAAUGAGGACCUUAUCAUUUCCAUGCUGACCCAUAUUCCACUAUUGAAGGCUCUAAAAUCCCUGACACUCAAAGGUGGACAUGCCAGGGAUGAAAGUGGUGCUUGUCGGAGAGGAUUGCUGGCAUCCUUACCUCAAGACCUUGGGUGGCUCCGCUGCCUUGCCCAUCUAGAUCUUAGCUUCAAUAACUUCCGUGUUCUGCCUCCUUGCAUCACAGAGCUGGCUAGCCUCACAAGUCUCUUAGUGUGCUACAACAACUUGCAGGGACUGCCUGAGGACUUUGGUCAUCUUACCAAGCUGACUUUCUUCUCUGCCAUGAAAAAUCAGCUCAGGAAUCUGCCACAGAGCAUAGGAAAGCUGUCAACACUGCAGACACUGGACCUCUCUGAAAAUGCACUGGAAACACUUCCUGAAGAGAUUGGGAACCUACGUAAUUGCACAGAUCUGGAUCUAUCAGGAAAUCAAUUAACAGGAAUCCCCAGCUCUCUAGCCAAUUUGCAGUCUCUGCAAAGGCUGCAUCUUCACAGCAAUCUUCUGGUGACAGUUCCUGCUUCCCUAGCCUGCCUUUCCAACUUGUCCAGGCUUGAUCUGCAAAACAAUAGGCUGCGUGUCAUCCCUCCAGAGAUCCAGAGCUCUCCCUUUGUAUAUCUCCGUGGUAAUCCUCUAGGAGAACCUGAAGUUCCUCUGCAGCCAGAUGACUCCAACUCAGAAGAAUUACAAACACUGUUCCUUGCUGCUGGUGAGGAUAGGUUUACUGUGACCCCAGAAGGCUGUAAAGUUUUCCUGACUUGUGGUGUUCAGUUUUUCUUCCCCCGGGGGGCUGUAACCUCUUCAGUUACCAUUUGCUUUCAAAAAUGCUUCCCUGAUCCACAGUGGGUAAAACUAAAACAUCAUGAUAUCCUGCUAAGCCAAGCCCUGGAGCUGCAGCCUCAUGGCACUGAAUUUCAGGAGGAGGUGCAGAUCUGGAUGCCCUAUGCCUUCACUCAGAGUCUUCAUGAGCGUGAAGUCAUAAUCCGAACAUUCAGCAGGCAGAAGUGGAGUGAUCUAAGAUCCAAAGUGGAGUGUAAAGGGAAAAUGCGUUUGGUGUGCUGCAGUGUCCCUCAUUUCUCCUGGUUCUUGGUUGUAUCUCAACUUGUGGUGAAUGAAUGCAGUGUCCCUAAGGAGGGGACAUUGCUUUUCUCAACAGUCAACCCUGGCAUCAAAGUGACUUUUCCUCCUGGUGUGACUGAGACACCUAGGACAGUGAUGCUUCAGGUGUUGCCUGUGUCAAAGGAGGAGCUCCUGGAGAUCACAGAUGACCCUGAGACAGUUGCCAGUCCUCUUCUUUGUCUGUCUCAAAAUUCCACUGUGGACUUCCUCCAGCCCAUUAAAAUUCAGCUGCCAUUGCCUCCAGGGGUCACAGGUCUAACCUUGGAUCCAUCAAUGGUGCAUCUUCUUCAUGGUGACUGGAAUGCCCAGAAUUGGAAUGACAUCACAGAUCAAGUGGUGCUGGAAUUCACCCACCUCUAUGCUUUGUUUGAAGUUACCCACUUUUCCUGGUAUUGGCUGUGGUAUACCACUAAGGCAUACAUUAGUGGCAUUGCCAAAGAAGUCUACAAAAAAUUGCGCAUGUACCAGGUGAACUUCAUAGCUCUACAGAGAAGGAAAGAUCCUGAACAAGUCUUGUUAAGGUGUGUCCCGAAGCACAAGGUUGAUCCUGUUUUGGAAAAACUCCAUGAUAGAUACCGAGGUCCUGAGCCUUCAGAUGUGGUGGAGAUGUUUGAAGGAGAGCAAUUUUUUGCAGCUUUUGAACGAGGCAUCAGCAUUGAUGCAGACCGCCCAGACUGCAUUGAUGGAAGAAUUUCAUUCAGCUUUUACUCUCACUUGAAAAAUAUGAAGGAAGUCUACAUUACUUCUGAAGUGGACAGGGGGAAAAAAGCUGUGAAAGGGCAGGUUUCCUUUUAUCGAGGAGCUGUUCCAGAGAACAUUCCUGAAGAGGCCACCAAAAAGAGAAAAGACCCCAACUCCCACUGGCUUGCUACUUUGCCAAUUAAGUUACCUAAACUGAAAUCUAAGGGGAAUGAGCUGCCUAUAGCCAAAAAUGGCUUCUCCCUCCCUCCCCUGAAUUUGGGGAGUGCUGAAACUGGAUACUUGACACAAUCUAAUCUGCUUGGUAUUUCGCGACGCAUUGGAGCUGAAUGGCAAGCCAUUGGCUUGAAUCUGGGGUUCUCCUAUCAGCAGAUCCAACAGAUAAAAUUCAAUAACAGAGAAGACCUCAGUGCUCAGAUUCUGGAUAUGCUUUUUUCUUGGGCUCAGCAAAAUAAGAGGACCCCUGACUGCGUAGACAGGCUGAUCAGCGCCAUGAAGGAGAAUGGCCGCCAAGACAUAGCAGAUGAGAUUGAAGCCAUCAUCUCCCUGGGAAGGCAGAAAUAUAGAGAAUCCAUCCAGAGAGUGGGCCUGGGCCAGGCAAGCAGCACUGAAGACUCUGCUACUGCCAUGGUCUAACUGCUGUGUAAAGCCCCCUUUGCCUUACCUAGGGGCUAGAUCCAACAGAAGGUCAAUGGAAAGUCAUAAAUCUUCCUCCCCCACCCCACCCUCAGGAGACGCUCUCCACCCUGGAAAACUUGAUUCCUGGGGUCACAUGAUUCACAAGGACCAAUAUCUGUGUGGGUCAGUGGCAGAGGCGUAACUACCAGGGGACUGGGGGGUGCGCGUUGCACCAGGUGCGUGCCUGGGUGGGCACAAAAAAUCAGGUUUGUUUGUGGGGGGUUUUGUAUUUUUAGUGGGUUUUUUCAGUUUUUGGCCUGCAGGGGGCACAGUUUUUAGGCUAGCAGCACGAAAA